AUGACCGAUAAAAACAUAUUGUCGGUUAGGAAUACCCUGCUUGAAAAAUUGAGCCACAAAGGAUCCAACCCACUGACUUCAAGUCUGUUGAGUGGACAUGCUUCAUUGGGAAGUGGGCUGUUGUCAACAAACCUAAGUAAUCCCUUAUUAGAUAGUUUAAGUCUUCGCUCUGGACUGACACAAACUACAGAGUCCUCUUUGUCUUUAAGUCCACUAAAGUUGUCAUCCUUUGCAUCUUCAACUAGACAUGCCAGUGUUAAGACAAGUGUAAAACCAGGAGAAUCCUCACAAAUUCAGAGAGCAGGAUUGACAAACCUAAAGCCACACACAACUCCAUUGAUUGAAACUAGUCUGACAAGGUUAUCCUUAUCUCAGGACACGGGAAAGGUAGCUGGAUUUGAUGACAGUAAACCUAGUCUUCAUGCAUUGAAAGAGAGCCCUAGAAAACGACAUACUGAAAAUUCACUUAAAACAGUCAAGAAAAGUAAAGUCCAGAAUGCUUCAGGUGAGAUCACCUCAGAGGUGAUUAAAGCCUAUGCCGUUGAGCCACCGCAGUAUGCUAUUAAAUGUGAGAAUGAGGAUAGAUUUAUGGAUGUGGAUUUGCCAAAAUUCAUCCCACCUUCAAAAGAUGCAAGACUGUCUGGGGAUGUUGGAAAAGGUCUCACUAAUGUUACUGGUUUAAAGCAAGCCUUGCUGAAUUGCAUCAGUGCGUCCCUUCUUGCACAACCAAAGUUCACUGACAGACGUGAUGAGACGAGAAAAGCAAUCAAAUACCAUGCUCUUUCGGUUAUCAACGAAGAUCCAGAGUUCAUUUUGAAGGUGGCGCUGUAUGCACGAAAAGAACUUAACAUCCGCACAACUUCCAACUUUUUGCUGGCAUUGGCAGCUUGGGAUUAUUCUUGCAGAAUCUUUCUCAAGAAAUAUUUUUCUGCCGCCAUUGCUCUACCAUCUGACUGGAUUGAAGUUGCAGAAAUUUUCCAGACGUUGGAGGACAAUAAUCUCAAGCUUGGAUCCUUGUCUGCAGCACUAAGAAAGUCCAUGAUCGCCAAGUUUCCUGAGUUUGACAAGUACCAGCUGGCAAAAUAUAACAAGGACAAAUCUGGCAGAAAAAGGAAAAGAAAAACCAAGAAAACAACUGAUGAACAAAUGGAAGAUACGGCACAUAGAGAGCAGCCCUUAGAAAGUGAUACCAGUGAGAGUGAAAAUGAGGAGGCUAAAGCUUUGAGACCGGUGAGUGGAGUCAUUUAUGAUGAAGAUGAGAGUGAGGAGGCUCUUCGGAAACAGAGAUUCACAAUCAAGCAUCUGAUACGGAAACUUCAUAUCAAAGAACCAGUAGAGCCUAUCAUGUGUAUAAUUGGCAAGAAAUAUCCAAAGACACCAGAAGAAUUCUAUAAGUCUCGUUUGCCUGGGGUUUGGGAAGAAGAAAAGGCAGGUAAAAGAAUGAAGUUGCCAGUACCUGAAACCUGGGAGACACAAGUGUCGCUAAAAGGCAACAAAGCACAGACAUGGGAAGAUCUGAUUGAUCAUAAAAAGCUUCCAUUCAUGGCAAUGUUACGGAAUCUUCGAAAUAUGAUCAAAGCUGGAAUCUCACCAAAACAUCAUAACAAUGUUCUUAGGCGUUUAACUGACCAGAGAUCAGUAGUGAACAGCAAACAGUUUCCAUUCAGGUUUUUCUCAGCAUAUGUAGUUUUGAAUGAACUUGAGGAAGCUUAUGAAACAAAUCAGAGGGAGAUCAUUGAGGCUGCGGAACAAGCUGCAGGGUCAGCAACUGCUGAUGGGGCAAACAAACCAGCUGGGGGUAGAGAUUCAAAAUCAAUUUCAAAACUAAUAGCAAAUGCAAAGAAAAAGUCUGGACAGCCUGGAUCUGGCACUGAAGAGAAAACCUUUCCUUGGUGGAUAAUAAAGAAGAUGAAAAAGGAUGCUAAAAAUGGUGAAACAACCAAUGAGGUUCCAUAUGAUAAGAAUCUCAUCCAGCGCUACAGAAAAGCCUUGGAUACAGCAGUGAAGAUUGCAACUGUUCAUAAUGUACAGCCAAUUAAAGGAAGGACCUUGCUACUCUGUGAGAUCAGCUCUGGUAUGGACAGACCGUGUUCUAGUGCCAAAGGCAUUGGAAAGCCACGCACAGUCAGGGAGAUUUCCAUCUUGAUGGGCCUGAUGUGCAAGUACUCAUGUGAAGAGUGUGAACUGUUGGUGUUUAAUGAAACUGGUUUUGCCAGCGUGAGCUUAGACAAGGGCACCAUUCUGGACAACAUGGAAAAGGUGUUACAGUUCGAAGAGUUUGAUAACGCUUCAUAUGUUGAUUUACAAAAAAAUACUUUUCCAUACUCACCACUGUUUGAAAAACUGAGAGACAGAAUACAGGUGGACAAUUUACUAAUUUUCGGUGAAGGGUUUGAACCACGUCUCCCGAGGGGGGUGAUUCUCUUUGACUGGCUAGGAAGUUAUAGGCACAUUGUCAACCCCAAUUUAUUGUUUGUAAAUGUUUCCUUUUCAAGUGAAAAACACUCUGGGGCCAGCAUUGAUUUGGAAUUUGGCAAUAAUGUCUACAUCACUGGUUACAGUGAUUCAAUUCUCAGGUUUAUCGCAGAAAGAGGUAGCACAGCUCAAAUCAAUCAUGUGGACAAAAUCGAUGUAGCUUUUCAACUUCAGUCACUGCCUCGUGUAAAGAAACCACUAAAGAAACGUUAUUUGCUUCGUGAAAAUGAUCUGCAGUUGAUGGCGCCUAAACCAAGCUGGAUGACUGUCAGAGUAUUUAUCUCCUCAACAUUCAAGGACAUGCAUGGUGAGCGUGAUCUACUGACCAGAUUUGUCUUUCCAGAGUUGAGGUCAUUAUUUUGCAAUCGCUUCAUCAACAUUUAUGAGGUUGAUCUCCGCUGGGGGUUGACAGAGGAGGACACAAGAGACAAUCGCACAGUGGAAGUGUGUCUAGAAGAAGUUUCUCGUUGCCAGUUGUUUAUUGGUGUUCUUGGAGAACGUUAUGGCUGGAUACCUGAUGCAUGCCAAAUACCUGACACAGACGAGUAUGCCUGGAUUCAGCAGUAUCCACCUGGAGCCUCUGUCACAGAGUUAGAGAUGCACCUGGGUGCUCUGUCUAAGGCACAAAAAGCCAAGGAUACAGCCGUCUUCUACCUCAGAGACAACAGUUUGGAAAAGGAUGUUCCAGAGGUGUUUAAAAGUGACUUCAAAUCAGAGUCUGAGAUGCACAAAACCAAAAUGAACGCCCUGAAGAAGAAGAUAAGAAGCAGUGGUCUGGAAGUCUAUGAUGGGUAUCCUUGUCACUGGGGAGGCUGUGUUGAUGGUAAGCCAAUGGUAGCAGGGCUAGACGAAUUUGGUGCACGUGUCCUCAACACACUGGCCAAUGCCAUCAGAAAGCUCUGUCCUGAAAAGGACGAGGUUCUUACAGAAGAUGAGCACAUAAAUCAGCUCCAGUGGGCUUUCAUUAAGAACUGCAGUUGUGACUUCAUUGGUCGUAAAACUCUUGUGGAGGAGAUUAUUUCAAACAUUAAAAGUACUAACUCAGGAAUUAUUGGUCUUGUUGGCAAACCAGGAAGUGGAAAAACAACACUGAUGGCAUCAGUCAUACAACAGGUGGAAUCCUCUAAAACCAGAGGGUAUUCUGUAUUCAUGAAUAUAGCAGGCGCAGCACCAGGAACCAACAGCCUAGCAGCAAUGCUUCGCAGACUGUCUCAACAGAUCAACACAAGAUUUGGUCUCGGCUACUCCCUACCUGAAGAUUUCAAGAACCUGACACUCAAAUUCAAAGACCUGUUGGAGGAAGCUGGGAAUAUUUGUCCAUCCAAACUGAUGAUAUUCUUGGAUGGCAUUGACCAAAUGGACAGUGCAAAUGAACCUUUCAGCUUAGAGUGGAUUCCUAACCCAGUUCCUGAUAAUGUUGUUUUUGUGAUCACCGUGGUUGAAGGUGAGAGAGCACACACAUCCAUCAAGCGCUUGACAGGAGUCCAGAUCCCUGUUGGUGCAUUGGACAUGUGGGACAAGGCAGACAUUGUGCGCCAGACUUUGGCCAAACACCGUAAGAGUCUGGUUGAGACUGGAUUUGGCAACCAGUUGAAGCUGCUGAUGAUGAAGAAGGAUGCUCACAAUCCUUUGUUCUUAAAGCUAGCUUGUGAAGAGCUGCGAGUGUUUGGUGUUUUUGAAAAGAUUUCUGAUAAGCUGAAAUCUCUGCCACAUACAACAGCUCAGAUGUUGCAGGAGAUACUGAAGAGGCUGGAGGAGGAUCAUGGGCAGGAUAUUGUUACAGCAGCUGUGUGCUUGCUUGCAUGUGCCAGAGAGGGACUUUAUCCAGAAGAACUGUUUGAGCUAAUUAACUGGCACAUACAGCUGGAAGAGAGUAAAUUUGAACCAAGGAACUUGUGCUAUCUUGACCUAAAGACUGAAAUUCCACAUCUUAAAUUCAGUUUUUUGGCUAGAUCUAUCAUGUGUCUCCUGAAUCCAAGCUCUUCAUGGUCUUCCUUGCUGUUUCUUGCCAAUAAAGAAAUCAGCACAGCUGUUAGACUUCGAUACCUCAAGGGGGCAGGUGCCACUAUGGAAACCAGACUGCACAAGCUGCUAGCAGGAUUUUUCCUGAAACAGGCAGAUCAACUAAGAAACAAUACAUGGAAAGGCCAGAAUGCUAGAGCAUUUGCUGAGCUGCCAUAUCACCUGGCAUGUGCUGGAGAAUUUCAUGAGCUGGAGGAAGUACUGUGCAACCAUCACUUUAUUGGAAGUAAAUGCUCUCUUGGGCUAGCAGCCACACUCAUUGAUGACUUCACUCCCAAAGCACUCACAGUCAACAAAUCUCUUGAGAAAGAUUUGGCUCGUUUCAUAUCUCUGCCGAGAGUCCAGCAGUUCAGGUCUUUUGUUUCCAGAAAUAUUGAUAUUUUUGUCAAUUACCCUACUUUGGAGUGGCAGCAAGCCAUAAAUGAACCAAGCAGCACUAUCCCUUACAAAGAAGCUGUUGCCAAAAAAGAACAAUAUUCAAAACUGCCUUCAUACAUGGAGUGGUCCAACAAGCCAGAGACGGAAAGCCAGUGUUACAUGAAACUCUCAAGCUUCAAAAUGCCUGUGACUUGUGUAGCUAUCUCCCCUGAUAGUACCAAGUUUGCUGCUGGUUCAGAAGAUCUCCUUGUCAGACUUUUUGACAUGGGUACAGGCAAGGAGCUUUGUUUUCUCCGAGGCCAUGCUGAUGAAGUUACAGAUGUGUGCUUUGUGGGUAACAACAUCUUAUGCAGUGCUUCAGCAGAUACCACCCUGUCCAUGUGGGAUGUAGAAAAUAAACACAGAAUCCAUACACUGAAAGGUCAUGGCCGUCGUGUAAACUCAUGUGCUGCAGACUCUCGGGGCAAACUGAUAGCUUCAGGUGGCUGGGACUGUUAUGUUUUUGUUUGGAAUACAAGUGGAGAGAAGAUGUGUGAAUUUGACACUGGCAGCCCAGUGAACUGUGUGGACUUCCACCCAACUGAUGAACUGGUAGUAGCAGGCAGCUGGGAUUCUCUCAUCAGGAUAUAUAACUACUUUAACAAGACCAGAAUUGCAAUCCUGAGAGGACACAGCUCCUCUGUCAGAGACAUUUCUUACUCGUUUAAUGGAAAGCAUCUGGCGUCUGCAUCUUUGGAUGGAGACAUCAAAAUCUGGGCAGCUGAAAAGGGAUCCCAAGUGGGAAACGUUAGAGGCCAUUCAGGACCCAUCAACAAGCUGACAUUCUCUCCUGCUGGUACUGAGCUGAUCACGGCUAGUGACGACCAUCAGAUAAAGGUGUGGUCUGGAGACUUGGGCAUCCCUUUACACAGACUGCACACAGACAAGUUUGGUCCUGCCACUUCUGUAGCUAUCUCCCCCAAUGGGUCUGUUGUAGCAGCUGGUUAUCAUUUAGGUCAAAUCCAGAUCUACGAUGUCAACACAGGUGUGAAGAUAGCCAAAGUGAAUUUAUCAGACAAACCAGUUCGAGCCUUAACUUUCUCUCCUGAUGGAUCUUACAUUUAUGCUGGUUGUGAUGAUGGUUAUGUCCAGGUUCUUGAAAGCACUCAGGGAUCUCGAGUUUGUUCACUGUUAGGCCACACCCAGCCAGUUUUAUGUGUGGACACUGUUAAAAAGUUCAUAGCCACUGCAGGAGAGGACUGUAUUUGUUGCCUGUACGAAGACAUCUGUCAGCUGAAGAGUUCUAAGAUAUCUUCCCCAAAAGUUGUACUUAAAGGACAUACAGCACCUGUUAGUGCCUGCUCUUUUAAUGCUGAUGGUACAAUGUUGGCAACUGCCAGUCGAGAUGCUAGCAUCAGAAUCUAUACAUUGUUUGAUGUGUUCAUCUCAGUUGAUCCAGAACCCACACACAUUUUACAUGCUUGUCAUGCAGACUGGAUUAAUGCCUGUGUAUGGUCCAACACAGGAAACUUCUUGGUGACCGCGUCCAAUGAUUUUAAUUUGAAACUGUGGGAUACAAAGAAGUACACUGAGAAAAACAGAAUAACUGGUCAUACAUCAGCAAUCAAUGCUGUUGCUUACAAG